AUGAGUUACCAGAGCUUAGGGGACAACAAUGCUUCUGGCGGCUACGGCCAAUAUAACCCGUACGGAAGCCAACAGCAGAGCAAUCCUUACGCUACCCAGGAACAGCCACAGAGCUAUGGAUAUGGGGGUGGUUAUGGCCAGGCUGGUGCCAUGGAACAGGGCAAUGGAGGCUAUGAAAUGUCCAACAUCAACCAAGCCUCCUCCGGUGGCCCCACCUCAAUUCUGAACAAGUGCAAGGAGAUCAACGAGGGCAUCGCUGAGUUGACCAGAAAGCGCGAGACCCAGCUGGUCGCAGCCCAGAAGGCGCUUCUGGAUUCAAGCACCGGCAAGGAGGACCAGUCUUCGCGCCAAACACUGGACUACAUUGAGGAUGAGAUCAACACCGCCCUCCGCUACCUGCGCGACCAGUUCAAGCGCGUCAAGGAGACCCCAGGCUCUGGCGACUCGCGCGUGCAGGGCCAGGUUGAGAACGUCAGCCGCAACCUGCGCCGCGAGAUUGAGCAGUACCAGCGCACACAGAGCGACUUCCAGAAGCGUCUGGAGGAUCAAGUGCGCCGCCGAUACGAGAUUGCCAACCCCGAGGCGACCCCGGAGGAGUUGGAGCAGGGUGUGCAGAAUGUUUUGAUGGGACAGGAGCAGAGCUUUGUUGUUCCCGGCACUCGCACCCGCCAGGCCAACGAUGCCCGCCAGGCUACUCUGCAGCGUUCCGCGGCCAUCCGCAAGAUCGAGCAAGAUUUGAUCGAACUCAGCCAUCUCUACAAUGAGGUCGCUGAGCUGGUGCACCAGCAGGAGCCCGCAGUUCAACAGAUCCAGCAGGGUGCGGAGGAGACACACCGCAAUGUCGAGCAGGCCAACACCAAGCUUGACAGUGCUAUCCAGAGCGCGAAGAACGCUCGGCGCUGGAAGUGGUAUGCUUUGAUUAUUAUCAUUAUCAUUAUCGCUAUCGUCGUCGGUGUGGCUGUCGGUGUUACCCAGGCCAACAAGAGUGCGAGUGGAAACUAA